GUUAAAAAACAAAGAGCACCUAGCACCUACCCACCGCCUUUCUCUUAAUUGACCGCUUCUCCCCCUAAUCGGUGCUCCAGGAAAAAGCUUCAAGAUUGAUUCGAAUGUUUGCAAGCGUCAACAUCAAUUUUGUAUUUGCAGUUACAGAGUGUCGACAACUUGGAGAACCCCUCAGCGUGUUUCAGUUGUUGGACUAACGAAGACCCUACCUUUUCUUUGAUCUGUACCCCCUAAACCGUCUUGCAUCUGGACUAACGAAGACCACCAUUGCUGCCUCUACUGCUCGCUAUGGAGAUUCCCACUUCAGCUUCCAUUGAUUCCCUCUCUUCAACAACACAUGCUCAAUGUCGGCUUCCAGCUUCUGACGAAUUGUCUAAGUGGUAUCAACGGGGAGCAGAUAGUGAAGGGCGUCCAAUUAUGGUUGUAGUUGGAGCACAUUUUCUUCUUCGAAUUUUAGUCCUUGAUACAGAAAGCAUUUUGCUCAAUGGAAAUAACAUAGCAAUUCUGGUUCCUGAUGGUUCUCCAGAUCCAGAAUGA